AUCAUGGACGUAAGAAUAUAUGGACGGAGCGUAAUGUAGGAUUUAGGACGAGGGGACCCAAGCGAGCGCGGUGAGGGGAAAUUGGGUGGCGGCCAUAUGUGAUGACUAGGUGAUUGUAAGGACGCCUCGUGGUAGCGUCGCCGCCAUAUGUGAUGACUACUUUUCCCCUCACUGCUCUGGCUCGGCCCCCGCUAACUUACACUCCGUCCAUAUAUUCUUACGUCCAUGUAUAAACUAGAGACACUAUUCGGAACGCACCCUAGGGCCGUCUCUCUACAUGCUGGUAACAAGUAACAACAGUUGCGCCGAUCGUGAGCUACGGACAGCUGACCGACCGGUUAAACACUUAAAACCACUUUAAACAAGAGAUGACGCGUGGUUCGGUGCUAUCGCAAGUGAUUAUUAGCGUAAGGGUCCGUGAUUUUAUCUCGACCCUCAUCCCACAUAUUUUCAGCACUUACGUGUCUCCUGGCGCGGGUAUAGAAGGCAAGUUUAACGGGUACCGAAGUUACUAGCGGCCAACAGGCAGAUUAAAAGAGUUCUUGAAUUGAAGCGCAGAGAGUUUAAUUGCGCUGUGCAACGAGAAAAGUCGUUAGGGGUAAAACGUGGGAGAAUCAAAAAGAAAAACACUCUAAGUGAGAUGAGGAAUGCCAGGAUAGAUUUAAACAGGAACCAGAGAUAAAGGAUGGACUCGUAUCAAGAUUUCGUGCACAAAUUCAAAAAGGCUGUGUCCGACAAAGCUUACAGCGACUUGUCGAAUCUUUUUAAGGAGGGUCAAGGAUACUUUGCCAUCGUUUCGCUCGAACAUCGUGAGUCGGCUGUACACAGCAUAUUUGACAGAAGAGAUGGCUUGCUGUACUUCCUCGGCGACGAACUUGCAAGUCAAAGGACAGAUAAUCGAAGCUCACGUAAACACGUUGAUGACUCGCUGAAAGAAGCGUUUCAUUUUCUAAAGUUUUUCAUUCAAAAUUUUUAUACUACCCCGCACUUUGUACAAUAUAUUCAACAAAUUAAGGAAGUGUGUCAUUCAGGACUGAGGGUAAAAGGUGUUCGCUAUAUCCAAAAAGCUGCCUGCGAAGCUUUGCAACAAUUGAUAGAAUUAUUCGAGGGUCAUCAUGAUUUAAAGCUUACCGAGACAGUCGAGGAGUUUAAAAAUAUUACUCGUUACGACCAAGAAGAGCGUGCAUUGAUACUUUGCCUAUUCGGUAAAAUAGUCAAGCACAGUGUCUUGCCGCCGAAAUCGCGUUUGCUCGUUUUCCAUCUAUAUACCGAGGCGUUUAAUGGGGUGCUGUGUUCGAGACGUAUUAAUAUGUCCAAUGACACCAAGUUGCCCGAGAGUUUUUCUGCAUAUUUCAAGUCCCUCGCGGAUAUGUUGGAUAAUGCAGAAUUGCCGGACAGGCGCAAGGAGGAACUCGUCAAGAAGUUGUACUAUUGGAUUAAGAGAGUUAUUGCAUUAGAUGAAGCAGUCAGAGAACAGCAAGGAAACAAGCACAGAGUGGUAAUGAAAUCAGCGAUUGAUCUUUUCGCUCGUCAUAUGAAUCUAUUUCGAGACCUGCUGUAUCCUGAUCACAAGUACUGGCACAACACCCUCCGGAGCUUGUCGCGUGAAACGACCGAGUGCGGUGAAUAUGGACGGCGCGCAUUGAAAAGAUUUUAUCGAAUUAUCGGACAGAUUCUCGCAGGUCAAAAUAAUGAAGACAGCAAAUGCGUAUUAUUGGAUUUUAUGGAGCAUUUCCAGCAAGAAUUUAAAAAUACCAACUUAGAUUUAACCACGUUACAAUCAGUCGUUUAUGGCUUCAGUCAAAUGGCUGCGCCGUGCAAAGUGCAUAUGGAGCAACUCAAUGUGAGACAUAUGUAUUCCAUUAUAACCAGUUACGCGCUUCCUCUUUGUUCCAGCGAGAACAGCCACUCGACGCACAUAGAGAGCGUCUGUUUUUAUCAGAAAGCGCUCUCGGAAAUACUUUGUCACAUGACUGACGUUACAAUUGAAAAAAUUAACGUCCUCAUAAAACUUAGUAAUUAUACGAUCAAGAGAUUCCCUGACUUAACAUCCAAUAACGCGCUCGCUGUUUCAUCGUUGAUCACAAUUAUUAGCAAUCUCGCGACCGUUAGUAAAGGUCUGUUGCAACGAUACCUCGACAGCAUAGUUUACGACGGUAUCGCGUGGAGUUGCUCGCACACAUUGGCGCUCGACGCGGAAUUGCAACGAGAGCUGAACAACCUGCGAGAAUCGCCGGUAUGCUACAAGAACUACCUGUCGCUGUGGACGGAGCUGCUGAACGCCGGGAGGUAUCGGGAACACGAGCAGCUGGCGCAAUACGUAGCGAACACCAUGACGGACGUGUGCAUCGCCUUAAUCAAUCGGCUGAACAUACAAGUGAAACGAAAGGACGAGGACACCGUGCUGUCCGACGUGGCUCUUACCCAGAGUGCCGUGAAUCAGGCGGACUUCCGCGUGUUUGCGAAUCUCGUGGAUCUCUACGUGGAUGUGGUCGAUGCGACAAAGCCGCAGUUGUUCGCCGACACCGUGCACAGAUUUCUCUACGAAGCCGUCCGAUUGUCAUACAGAUAUCCGCUGAUAUCCGGCUUCUACAAACUGAUACGAGCCGGUAUGAAAAUCUUUGCAUCAUGGGAAGGGGAGGAGCAGCAGGAGGGGGAGGAGAAAACCGCAGAGACGCGGCAGACGGAAGAGCUUCUAUCGAAGUACUUGUGGCACACUCUCGAUCUGGUCCCCGCGUUCUCUAACGAGCUACUGAUCGCGUGCCUUUACCUCAUCUUGAACGCGCCCUUCGCGUACGUCGAGGGCACACUAUCACGCACACUGCCGGCGUUCAAGAUCGCGUUCACCGUCGGUCUGGGCAACCUAGAACUCGCGUACAACGCGCUCACUACCCUGGAGACGUGGACGACGGUGCAGAAAGAGAAGCGAGAUGAACAAACGAACGAACUGCUGCGCGAGAUUAUCGCAUACCUGGAGCCGUACUUGCGUAGCACGGAGAGCUCCGUCGAGAUCUCGCAGGACUUGAUGAUGACGAGGAGGCGCGUGAGGCGCGUAGACAUCAUCGACACCGAGUGUACGUUGCGAAACUUCCAGCGGCGAGUUCUGCUGUUCCUCGGAUCGCUCGACCACGAUCUGUUUACGAGCUUCGUGCACGAGCGCGCUUCUCACAGUACCGGGGCGACCUGGGAUCGCAAGAAUUUGCUCAAGUUCAACCUGCCGUUGCCGGACGUGCGACUAGUCAUCUACUUCGAUCGGAUGCUGCCGCGGAUAAUCGCGCUGGCGCGCGACUCCAGCGACCGACGCACCAAGAUUGCGGCCUGCGAAGUUCUGCACUCGGUGGUGAUUAUCUUUGUCGGCUCGCCGUGGUUAGUCGAUCACUACGCCGCUCUCUGCGACACCCUGUGCCGGGCUGUACUCGUCCUCGGCUGUGACCCCGACGAGGUCGUGUGCGGUCUCUUCCAUCCGUUGGCACUGCAACUGAUGCACUGGCUGAGCUCCAGGAACACGUCGAUGGCGACGGUGAUCGAUUCGUUGUUCGACGGUUUAACCGAUAACUCAAAUCCGGCUUUGCGCGAGUUCUCCGGCAUGUGUCUGGCAGAAUUCACACGCUGGACGAUGAGGCAAGACAGGCAAGCAAAGCAUGUACUUGAUAUCAUCAAAAGGAUCAACAGACUCGCGUUGCACCCGUCAACGCGUAAACGCGUAGCCGCGGCCGUGGCCUUCAAUCAUCUCUACGUAAUCCUGCGCGAGAACGACGAAACAGUGUCGAAAUACUGGUUGGAGAUAUUCUACUGUUUCGUCCACAGCUUGGAUGGAUAUAACGAUCCGUCGAUCUCGAACGCGCUGGCUCACAUCGAGAAAGUAAUGAUAUUCAAGGCAGAACUUCUGAACAUGACCACAGAGAGUAAUCGUCGAAAACCACCCGAGUUUGACGAGGCAACCCUGACCUGUGCUCUGUACUGGUUGCUGUCGCGAUGCGGAACUCUCGACGAGCAUUGCCGUACGAAAUGCAUGGAGCUGUACGUCAACAUCUCACGGCACGUCGACGGUUCUGAGCAGGAAACAACGCAGAACUUUGUCAAGACUUAUGGGAUGAAUCGACUGAACGACAUUAUCUUGAAAGGCGCGGAAUUGGGCGCGGAGGACAUUUCUAUGAUCAGUAACGUGACGCCGCUGUUGAAGGCUCUGGACUGUUACGUGUGGCUGAUAGACAGGCAAUUGUUUCCGGUAGAAUCGCUUUUUCCCAGCGACAAUGUGGACAAGCAAGCUAUCUUUCUCUGCAUUCGCAGUUUUGCUUGCCAAUUCUGGCGAGUAAUUGCGGAGUCUUCAGCUGCAACAAUGAACUCUAGAGAACUCGAACAACUGCAGACGCUACAGUGCAAAGUCCUGAUGACCAUGUUGAACUUCAUACAAGUGUUACUGAACAUCAACAUCAAUAUUCUACCAGGAUCAUUAUGGGACGAAUCGUUGUCCGCGUUAACAAUUAAAUGUAUAAUGCAUCCGCGAAUGGUCGGUUUCAACAUGAAGAAUAUCGAGAUGACGGAUAAAUUGCCGCGUGUCUUGGAAACUCUGUUGAACUCCAUGAGAUCGAAAUACAAUGCUCUACCGGACAUCUUCAAGAAUUGUCUAUUAAGUUCCACUCGGGAAUACAUCGCGAAGCUUCUCGAUCUAAACGAUAUCGCGCAAAAGGACACCUGCGACGACCUGACGCAACACGUUAACGGUCUGCUCUUGUUAAAGCGAUGUGAUAUGCUCGAUCAAACGGUCGUAAGAGCGAGCGCUUUCAUGAGCGGCGAGAAAGUGGUGCUGCAGAUCUUCAGGUUUUUGGUGAGCGAGCGCAUCGGGGAAUUGACCUGCAGGGACUUGAGCGCGCGAAUGAUCGGGUACUUGCGAGCUCUGAUGGAAUUUCAAUUCUCGCUGCUCUCGUGGACGAUUGAUUGGCCGGUGGUAGUACCCGACGACACUCGGUCGAUGAGCGAUGUACUGGUGAACCUGAUGUCCGACAAUACCCCGGUAACUAGCGUGGACUGCACGAUGAUCACGCACGGCGAACACUUCCUCAAUACGUUCAAGAGCGUGAUCUUUGAGUUUAUAUUGACGCGUGUGGGUGCGAUCACGAUCAUUUUCGAGAAUAUGUUGCACGACAAUCUGUCCUUACUGUUGGAAUGGACCGAGGACCUGUUGCUGUUUCUGAAACGUCACAGGCGCGAAUUGCGUGCUCACGUGGACGUGGACACCGUAGUCGACGCGAUUCUACAACAGUUUACCCAUCUGAGAAAUACCGUCUUCAACGUGGACAGUCGCAAAGAGAGGUUGAUAAGUAUCUACAGUAUCGUGGUGCAUCUCAAGUCAACGCCCACAGAGGUUACGCAGAAUGACGAGUUCUACCAGUGGAUUCGGGAUCAGUUGGCAGAAAACUAUGGUCUCGAGCACAAGACGAAGAUUCUUAAAAAUUUCUUCGUCUGCUUAACAGACGUGGCGAAUCGCCAAGAUUUGCGGAUAAGCCUGCGGAACCUGAAAAACGACGGCCGGUCCCUGUGCUCGAAUCUCUCCGAGACGAGCGUGAACGCCAUGAAGGUGAUCGACUGCUUCGAGACGCUGCUGGUGCUACUAUCGACAACCAAGUCGAUGGUGUUGCUCGAGUGCGUGAUACAUUUCGCCGCCGGUGCCGGCAAACGUCUCUUCGACGAGAAACUGGAGGAGCAUCUGCGCGGAUACUACUGCGGUGCGUCCCAUAAACACGUUGUAGAAUCGUUGCAGCAAACCUACGAUGCGUUCAAGGACGGUAACAGAUGGACCGAGACGGAAAGGCUUGAUAUUCUGCACGGAUUUCUCUUGCCAGCGUUCAAGGUCUGCGACGCAGUCGCGAUUGAACACUUUUUCAAAAGCAAUGUCCAAGGUCUGGUCCAAGACGCUGAUUUACCUAUCGAUGACAACGAUGACGCGAUCAAGCAAAAAAUCGUGUCGAAGAUUGGAUGCUUCCAGUUGCUAGCGAUCAUGUUUGCCCGGGUGGACGAGGGCAGAAUUGACGCGAACGGAACGACCGCGCAAAGCAGCCAGGGACAAGUCCUGCUCAAUAAGGAGUUUUAUAAACGGCUAUGUCAAAGCGCCACAAAUGUCCGAUCCAUAAGAAUAACGCGGCCGGAGUGCAAGGAGCUCGUGCGUCUGCUGCACUGCUUCGCGUACAACUGUUCGCUGGCAGCCGUGAGCCUGAUGAAGAAGGAGAAUUUCUACAACAUCUUCGCGUUUGGCGAGGACAAGGAGAGGAGGCUCUGGGAAAAUAUCAUAGACUGCAGCACGCAGUACAGGCUUGGUCAAAUCUUCAAGGAGAAUCCAAAGACCCGCGAGAUCACCGUCAACAUCAAAUCCGCGGACGCUGCCGACGGACAGCGUAUGCACAGAUAUACCCACGUUUACUCCUAUGAUCUGUCGUCUUGCACGUUGAGCGAGGAUAUUAACGCCUACGAUUUUAACAAGUGCGUUAUACUGCCGGCCGAUUUUCGAAGUCGCGCCCCGUUGAAUUCCACGGGUUCCGAUCCGUCUUGCACGCACGGUGCGACGAGUAUCGCCCUGGAGAGCAACGAUUUUAACGAGCACGAGUGCAUGCCGUAUAUCUGUGUCCUGUUGCGGCACAUGAAAAACACAUUCGAAGUGAACCCUGUCAAUCCGCCCAGGUGGCUCAAGCUUUUCCUCAAAGUCAUGCAGCGCAAUAAUCAGAAUAUUCAGCUGUUUAUGCUGACGAUCAUUUCAAACACGGAAGAAGUGUUCAAACCCUACGCCAAAGCUGUGUUGACAGAGAUCAUCGCAGUUGUCGCUGAUUACCUGAAACGAUACGAUUUGAACUACGUCAUUACGGACGUUCUGGAGAGACUGCUGGGUUGGCACGACGUGGCCGUGCCGAGCAACGAUGGCAAAGCAGCGGCGCAAAGGCUCUUCGAAGUGUUCGUCGAAAGGGCAUUGAUGACAAGAGGAUCUGACCGUCGCGUGUACAAUUACAAUAUCAGCCUGAUAAAGCUCAUGGUGGAGAAGUGGUGUAGCUGCUUACGAGUGUCGACCGAGUUUCUAAAUGAAAAAUUAGAAUCCGCGGGCGCGGUGCAUCUCAUCCUGGUGCUUCUCGACAACGACACGACGGGAGAGAUCGUCGCUAAGGACGACGUCGUCCAUUCCCUGCUGACGUCGUUAGGCGAUUGGAAUGCGCCCGAGAAGGACGAGACGCCUCUACAGUGUUGCGAGUGUCUCGGCUUGUAUCUGCGUUCUCUGGACAGCGACAGGUGCGACGAGGCUGAAAGAGAGAACAAGAAAUGCGAGGUGAAGAGGAAGAUCUUCGAUAUCCUAGCGAACGCCCCCACUUCGUCAUCCUCGACCUACAUAAUCAAGCAGGUGAAACGCGUCGUUGUUCUCUGCCGAAUUUAUCCGGAGGUGGCCAAGGAUUACAUCGACGUCGCGGUCACCGGUAUGGACAAAAACGAGCAGACGUCCUUCUGCCUGGAGAUAUUCGCGUUAGCGAUACCGAGGCUGAGCGCGGAGGAGAUCGCGAGCAAUCUGCGUCGCAUAAACCUGGAAAAGAUUCUAACGAACCGCAGGCUGCCGCACGGCGAGAAGAUGGCAUUGCAAAUCGUCCGCGACAUGGUAGCGACCGUCUCGCCGACGGAUCUGCUGCGUUACGUGAAUCUGACGGUCCCAUACCUCAAGGACAGUACCACGCAGAACCGGGAAUUGGUCUACGACUUGCUCAUGAGGACUCACAAGAGAUAUUCGGCGGACAUCGCGGUGGACGACGACGCGACCGUGCAGGAUCUGCUGUUUAUCAGCGUGCGAAAUCUCCUGGCCGGUCUGCUGGACCCGUCUCCCGAUCUGCAGGACAAAAUACUGAAAUUCUGGACGGAGGAGACGAGCCUGAGCACGACAAACUCGAAGGACCGAUUGGUCAAACUUCUGGCCAUGCUUUCGUCGCGGAUGACGACGGAGGCGGACGCGUUCGCGCCCUUCGUGACACUGCUAAUGUUGCAGCUGGCCGCCGGAUCGAUGGAGUACACCAAGAAUAUAUUCGACAGGCCUGUGCAGGACAGUUGCACCUUCGAGGAAUACAAGAUACCCGUUUCCUGGCGGCAGCGAAACCUGAGCUGCGUGACGCCGAUGUUCGUCGACUCGCUCGCCUCCCAGAUGAGCUACAGCACCUUCUCUCAGAGCGACGAUUUACACGGGACCAAUAUGGCUCCUACAUUCUCCUAUUCGCGUCUCUUCCACGGUGUCCCUCGGAGGUCGCUAUGCGCGACGCAGGAGUUGCAGUUUGAGCCGACUCUCGACGACGACGACGACGGCGAUGACGCCGCGAACGCGUCCACGACGCUCGACAUUUCGCGCGACACUGAAUUCGAUUGGACGAAAAUCGCGUCCUCGUCGAGAGGGCCGCUGCAGACCCCGGCGGGACACAGGAGAGUCUUUAGAAUUCUCGCAAACACAUCGGACGUCGGAAAUGUCCACCGCCACCGGAAGAUACGGGAGAACGUGCAACGAGCAGAAAGGAUAAAGCAAGAAAACAUCAGGCAGAGAAGCAGCGUGAAAUUGAACAGAAACUACAGGAUCGGAGAUUUUCCCGACAUCGAGAUAUCUCACGCGAGUGUGAUCGUUUCGCUUCAGCAGUUGAUUAAAUUGGACCGGCUGAUCUGCAAAGACGUGACCGUGAUCCUGCUCGAUUCACUGAUCAAGGAAACUAAGGAGAUGGAGAGACCGGAUUUCCGCCGGACCAUCGUGGAGAGUCUGCAGCGAAUCCUGCACGACUUGUGCGAAAGAGACAGCUCUUUCAACGCUGUUAUUUUAGAGACAUUGCUGCAGUUGAGUCGAGACGCUCCGAUCGUCGAUUGCGAUCCGCGAGACAUAGUGAAGACGUCUAAGGUGAAUCAUUUGGACGCUCACGGUGUUCUUCUUCUGGAACGCAGUUUACUGCCUGACGCGCAUGACGACGUCUCGUCGCCCACGUCGAGCAAGAGAAUGCGAAGACACGACGAUGACAUUCGCAACGAGAACACCAGGAAGUGGGCACAGUUGACGUCUCUCUAUAAAUCACUGAAUGACGUCGACGUCGUACUGAGCAUCUUCCGAGGACAACAGUCUUUCGGUCAAGAUGUGCAGGAAGCGGCUCUCGCGGAAGUGGACGGCGACUGGAUUCGAGCGAAGAAGGCAUUUGCGAAUGCUUACGAAGGGACACAGGACCUGUCGAUCAAGGAGCACUGCCUGCAAGGAUUACUCGAGGCCGAGACCAAUUUGUGUGACUGGUCGGCGAUCGAUCGGCUCGUAAAGAGUCGGACGCAGAACGGAAAUCUAAGCAAUAUGUGGGACGACCCAUGGAGGGACUGGGUGAUCCCGUAUGCCUGCGACGCCUUUGUACAUAUGUCGGAAAUGGACAUACGGGCAGUGAGCAACGACGAUACGGAGACCAUCGAGUCGUGGACAUACGAUCGAGACAAACUGCAGCACCUUAUGCCUACGACAGGCGAAAAUCUGGUGAUAUUUCAGCUGAGAAAGGACGUGAAAAAGGCGACCGAUCUGUUAAACGAACUUUUAGACAUUACGGGAAAGCAAUGGGUUGAAUUGAGUCCUCUCUGCACCGAGCUGAGACUACGCAAAUUGUUCAAGUUGCAAAUCAUGAGCGAUCUGGAUGCUUCGCUCAAGGUCCUUCGGCUCCUCGCGAACAAAGCGGAGUACAAGACGGAAAUGAAGACGCUGUUGAAUUUCUGGUUGAUGAAAGCACCUGGAAUUCGAGACAAUCUCGUGCAGUGGAACAAAUUAGCUGCGAAUCGAGGAUACUCCUCGAUGUUGUUUCAGGACAGUUGCAGAAAACGGAAAAUCAAGAAGCGGCUAUGUCAAAUCAAUUAUCAGCUCCAACUGGGCAUCGUCGACGCAGCGUUGAACCAAAAGCACCGUUAUGUCGCCGAGAAGCAUUUGAAUCGUGCAAUCAAGUAUCUGGAUUAUAUAAGUGAAGUGGUCUCUGAGGAGAACGUCCGUCAUCUGAAGCUAUCGUUAGCGUGGCUUGAGGCUAGAAUCAAGUGUCUCUGCGCCGACGUCGAGACGAGCGUGUUCAAGAAGAUAUCCUGUUAUACCGCUUCUUGGGAAAGUUUGCAUGAACUGUUGAAGAGAGACGAGCUUGACGCUAACACGAGCACUGCCAUCAAGGAGCAUAUUGGGACGAUGGCUUCGAAGAUCGAAUUCUUGAGCAGGGAGAACGACGCGUUCGCCAGCGAAUUGGCGCGCAGCGCCACGAUCCUACGGGACAUAGGAAUGACGAGCACCGAUCUGAAUGACAUCCGUGAACAUUUGCUGCGCUACAGCUUGAAUAACCUGCGAUCUUGCUGCGAGGACGCGACCGCUGCUAACGUCGGCGAGCACUAUUGCGCUCUAGCCAGACAUUGUUACGGCAGACUGACGAGCACUGACGCGGAGAGCGACGAGAUGUUCCAGGAGUUUUUGUUGUCCACCCUGAGAUCCAUGAGUCACGACUAUCUCGAGGCUACGCAUUACUUCCCCUGUCUGCUGAGGCCCGAGCGGCUGCGGGACGACGAGAUGCGAGAGACGUUCGUCCGAGAAUGCGCCAAGCUGCGACCGUGGCUGUUCCUGCGUUGGCGAGACCUGCUCUUUUCCCACCUGGCGACGCCGUCGAUCGCAACCGCGAUCGUAUCGAUCGUCGAGAGGCUCGCCGAGACAUAUCCCGACGCAAUCGCCUACACGUAUCAUCUUACCGUCGAGAAAAACCCGGGUAUUCUUCACGACGAGAAGUUCCAGCGGAUACGCUCGCUCCUGCGCGAUAAAGCGGAAGAGUACGGGCUGUUCGUGCAGGCGAUACGGUACGUGGCGCAACCGAAGCUGUAUCUGAGAUAUUAUCUGGACGAGGCGAUGAGGGAUCUGUCCCGAGGGAAAACGAUCGAGUCGACCGUCGAGUCGCUGUUGCGGAAAGCCUAUCCGGAUUCCGGCGUGGCAAGGGGAAGGAGUCCACAACCAGGCAAUAUCUUUAACACAAUUGCGAAAUACAAGAGAAUGAUUGAAGCCUUGAAUCCUAACGAUCGCGACAUCGCGCGAAAAGAGAUACAAGAACUUAAGAAGUCAACGUUGGAUAAAUCCUCCAAACAUUACUCGGUUAACAACUACCAGACGCUGAAGGAUUACAGCCCGUUCUUGCACGAGUACAGCGGCGGUAUCGAGAUACCCGGGCAGUACACUGGCGACAGGGAACCCAUGCCGCGCCGCCACGUGAGGCUCGCGCGGUUCGAGACGCGGGUGGAGGUGAUGCAGUCGCUGCGCAAACCGAUUCGCAUCGGCAUGGUGGGCGACAACGGCAGGGAGUACAAGUUCCUCGUGAAAUUCGGCGAGGAUCUAACGAUCGACCGGGGCCUGCAGCAGCUGUACUCCACCAUGAACAGAACGUUGCGCAACGACCCCGGCUGCGGACAGAGGCGCUUGGCCAUCGACACGUACGAGGUCAUUCCACUGUCGAGCUCGUUCGGGCUCAUUCAAUGGAUCGAGGACACGAGAUCCUUGGCGGAUCUAAUAAACUUCACUUUAUCGGACAGGGAGAUUGACCAGUGCAAGAUCGUCCACAAGAAGUACGUGAGGUGGAUGGAGGGCGCGUCCACGAAGCGGAUCGCCGAUGCCGAUGCGUACAAGGCGGCCGUGUCCAAAUAUAAUCAACAAGAGGUCACGGAGACCAUGAAGAAGUUGAUCAAAAAUACGAGGAAAACGGCUCUGCGCGACGCGUUCGACGUGAUCAGCCCGUCCCCAGAGUGCUUCGUCACGCUGCGACGUAACUUCGUCGCCAGUUACGCGACCAUGUGCGCGGCGCACUGGCUCGCAGGGGUCGGCGAUCGCCACCUGGAGAACACCCUGGUGCACGUUGCAACCGGACGUUGCCUGGGCAUCGACUUCGGCCAUGCUUUCGGCAGCGGUAUACGCGCACCGAUACCGGAACUCGUGCCGUUCCGCCUGACGCCCCAAAUCCUCGAGCUACUGCAACCCUUCACGGAGCGAGACCUCCUGGCGACGAUCAUGACCCACGCGAUGCGGGCAUUGCGCGACGACCGAGGUCCGAUCCUCGCUUGCAUGGACAUAUUCGUACACAAACCCACCUACCGGCCGUUCAACAUCAACGACGCCGAGAUGACGAGGGAUGACGAUGAAAAUAUUGACGCAGAUUUAAAGUGGUCGUCCAAGAGGAAUAUCGAGAUAGUUGCGAAGAAGUUAAACGGAAUCCACCCGUCAAUCAUCACGUUGGAGCAAUUGAAAGAAGCGCAUAACAAUGAAUACUUUGCGAGGUACGACGCCAUAGUCGCCGGCAAUGAUGGGCUCAAACAAUCACGGGCAAAUGUAAGACGCGAUCGCUUGACACCUGCAGAACAGGUGGACUGUUUGUUGGAUCAAGCGAAAGACUACAAUAUCUUGGGCCGCAUGUACGCAAAUUGGAAACCUUGGCUGUGAUACCGCGUAUUUGCGGAAUAUAUAAAUAUUACAUGUGAGAUAUCAUGUGAUAUAAAAAAAAGAAUGGCAAUUGCAUUCAGAAAGUUCGACUUAUUUUAUAUAUUUACGUUAAAUAAGAUAAGAAACUGUUUCAACACGAAGAGAGUCCCUCAGCCAUCUUUUUUACUGCACAGUCACAUAUAAUGUUUGCGCUUGUAAUCUUUUUAUUGGCUUUUAUGCACAAAAUAAUACUGAGAUAAGUAGCGGACCACAUAGCAGAACAUUGUCAUACUUAAAAAUUUAUACCUAUAUCUUUGUUAUUAGACUUCUGAACUGAGUGCUUUAAGUAUGAAAAUGCUCUGCUAUGCGGUCCGCAACUUAUCCUGGUGUUAUUUUUGUGCAUAUAAGCCAAUAAGUCCAAACAGUUAAAUAUAGUUUUUACGCUUGUAAUUCAUUUUAUAUGUAAUUAUAAUUGAUCAUGAUCAUGAUUUUAA